CCUUCUUUUUGGCCAUUUGGCUUCCAGUUUCCAACUCACAUUCACACCUGGCAGUGAGGGAUCAUCAUAAAUCCCACCCCACCCUUCCUUCAAUGAAAGACAUAACUGCUCACCCCUUAUCUCUCUCAUUUCCUUGGGACAUGAAACUAUUAAAUAUAUUGCCCAUUCCCAGAAAAUAAAAAAUAGUAGCCCUUAAUCUGAAAGCUUUCUUUCCCCAAAUAGUCCUUAAAUGCUGACCCCAGAUGUCAGGUCACCUUCCAUUUAUUGCCCUUAAUUUGUAGCGUAAGAAGGGUGCCUUACCCUUUCUCAAUCCCAUCCUAAAGUCUGAUGCUUUAGUAACAUCACAUUAAUAGGGAUUAUCUUAAUUACCCACAUAAAGUUUUUUGACAAAUUGGUGUUGUGGGACCUUGGGGGUCUAUAUAAAUGUAGUGGAACUUGGUAGUUAAAGUUUGUGUUUUGUGCUAGGUGGUGUAUUUCAGUGAGUGGGUUUGGGGUUUAAUUGCUGCUGCUUUUUCUUCUGUUCAUUUCCUUUUACUACUAGUUUGGGGUUCUGGGUUUUUGCGGGUGUUGGUACAAGAUGAGUUAUCUUGGUGUUGGUGUGAGUCCUGGGAAUGUUCCUGUGUACCAUGGGAGCAAUUUAAAGGCAGUUGAUCGGAGGGUGAGGAUUGCAGAGCUGGUUUUGAGGUGCUUAAUCUGUGGUUUGGGUGUUCUUGCUGCUGUUCUUAUAGGAUCUGAUACCCAGAUCAAAGAGAUCUUCUCAAUUAAAAAGAAAGCUAAAUUCACAGACAUGAAAGCCCUAAUCUUUUUGGUGGUGGCAAGUGGGUUAGCUGCAGCCUACUCACUGGUCCAAGGGUUAAGGUGUGUGGUGAGUAUGGUUAGGGGAAGUGUGCUCUUCAACAAGCCCCUUGCUUGGGCUAUUUUCUCUGGUGAUCAGCUGAUGGCAUACUUGAUGUUAGCGGCGGUGGCAGCUGCUGCACAAUCCUCUGUGUUCGCCAUGUUUGGGGAGCCCGAGCUCCAAUGGAUGAAGAUAUGCACCAUGUAUGGAAAAUUCUGUAAUCAAGUUGGGGAAGGCAUAGCCAGUGCAAUAUUUGCUAGCCUAAGCAUGGUGGCGCUUUCGGGUAUUUCAGCUUUUAGUCUCUUCCGCUUAUACGGAGGAAACAAAGGUGGCAAGAUCAGUGGAAGAUGGUAGGUAAUUAGGUCACUCUCUAUGUUUAUCUACCCACCUUAGCUGUCUCAUAACCCUGGAGAUUCUGUAGCCUUUGUAAUAUAGGAUAUGAGACUUUGUGCUUUUGUUACUUCGCUAGUUUGUAAAAUAAAACAAGGGUAUGUUAAACCUUUUGUCAUUGGGGUAUUGUUUAUUAGGCUUUUGUUCGAUUUCAA